AUGAUCCUCCACCAUCGCCCUCGACCUUCUCGACAAUUUGACGUUUUCACUUCAAUAUUUCCCUUGUCACUACACUCUCUGGAUUCGUCGGGCUGCUUGGAGUAUACGCUUUGUGUCGGAGAAGCUUACUGGGCAAUGGGCAUUCAUGCAGAUUCUGGUGUCAUUAUGGGAUGUGUGUGUGUGUGUGCAGUUCGAGUCGUUGUAGCUUCCCAGGUUUCUCGUCGAGAUUUAAGGCUUGCUCGAUCAAAGAGGCAAUAUCGAUGUCACAUGAGUCAUAUACUGGGGGUUGGGUUUAAUUCCGCUGCAUCGAUCAAUAUUCUCAUACCAGGCCUUACAUCCCUCCAACCUCUCGCUGUUUCUGCACCCCUCACACCUCUAAUCCCAUCCUCGUACGAGCCGCCGCCGGUGGACGAUACAUAA